GAACAACAUACAGGGAGCAGAAGCAGCCCAGCUGAUUUGACCUUGACACUAAACGACGACCGGCAACGGAUCGCGUAACAGUAAUACUGCAAACGCAGCGGAAUACAACAUGCGUCUCACGACGAUAAUAAUACUCAUCCUGAUAAAGAGCACCGGGCUCAUGACGGAAGAAGUACAAGAAAAAUCUUCAUAUGAAAUCCAAAAGUUUACGCAUACACCGGGCAUAUAUUUCGACAAACAAGGUCAGUUAUACCAAAUCGCAUCCACCUGGAAAAUAGUUAUUAAAGUAAAUUUGAAAACACUAGACAUUCGACGAGAUCAAUUAGAAGAAUACCUUGAAAAUACAAAAAAAAUGUGUGAUAUACAGGGAAUAACAACAAAAACUGGGAAAACAUGUAACAAUCUAUACAAAAUAGUAAAAACACGACUAGACCGAACACGACAAAUAAUGAAUCAAAUAUACGAAAUACAUUCAAUAAUACCAAAUCGCCGACGCGGAUUAAUAGACAGUAUAGGUAUGUUAACUAAAUCUCUUUUCGGGACGAUGGACGCAAAUGACGAAAAAAUUAUAAACGAGCAACUACAACUUCUAGAAAAUAGACAAGAAACAUUAAAACACGCGACAAAUCAGCUAAAGAUACUAAACGCAACAGUAGGACAUUUAGAAAAAUCAGAAAACACCAUACAAAAGAAUGAAAAAACAAUAUGGGACAGCAUAACACAAAUAGGUGACUCACAAACAGAACUUGUUUCACGACAACAUUUGGACGAACACUUUAUAUUACUUGAUGCAGCCUUGAACAAUUUAGUACAAGACCAAAAUGACAUACUAACUUAUUUAAAUAACAUUAAACAAGGGUACUUACCAAUACAAAUAACACUCAUUAAUGAUAUUAUCUCUCAAAUAAAAGAAGCGGCAAUUCGUGUACCACAGAACUUACAUUUUCCAUUUAGAAUCUCGACAAAAAACUGGUUAGAAAUUGAAAAAUUUAUAACACUAAAUGCGUAUUAUCAAAAAGGAAAUAUUUUUACAGUAUUAAAGAUACCACUAAUAACGUAUCCUAUUUACGAUAUAAUAAACAUUCUUCCGUUACCAAUAUACACGGGAAACGACACAUUCGCAUGGACCGAAAUUACUUAUAAUAAAAUUGCGAUUAAUAAAGAAGCGAAUUCAUAUUUAGUGAUAAGCGACAACGAUUUACAAGAAUGUAAAAAAAUUAGCGAUCAUUAUAUUUGUGGACAGGGGAAUCCAAUAUAUAAAAUUCAAGCGGACUCACCAUGCGAAGUUCAUUUAUUUAUGACUUUAGAAAAAACGGGAAAUUGUCACACAAAAUAUAUUCUCGCCAACCACACAGUAUUGAUCGCACUAAAAGAAAGAAAUGCAUGGUUAUAUUCUACCCGGAAUGAACAAAACAUACAUAUUCAAUGUAAAAAUAAAAAUUAUUACAACAAAAUCAAGAAUACAGGAAUAAUAAAAUUCAAGGAACAAUGUAAAUUAAUAAUAAACGAAAUAACAAUACAAGCACAAGGAGUAAUAGAAGAUAAAAUAAUAGAAACAUACAUACCGGAAUAUAAUAUAACCAUAGCAAAAGAACAAAUAGACACAAUAAAUAACACAAUACCGCGACUAAAGAUGAAAAAAAUUAUUCAAAAUCCGACGGAAUUAACCGACUUAAGUAGAGAAAUAACACAAACACAAAAAGAUUUAGAAAACUCAAGUAACCCAAGUAUAUUUACAAACUACAAACAUUUAGUUUAUACUACCGCACCGAGUGGCAUAAUUAUCAUAAUUAUAAUAAUAAUUGUAAUAUUUUUAUUAAGAAAAAUAAACAAAUUAAGAUACCCCGACAUUAAAAUACAACAUGAUCUCGAACAAAAAGCAAGGGUAUCUCAACAAAGGCCAUCCGUAUCUAUUAUAGAAAGCGAAAUUAGUGAAAUUACUCCAAGAUUACCAGUACAUUAUAAACCAUCCAUACCUACCAUAUCCUCACUAAAAUGUAGACAUAGCAUAGAACAACCAUAAAACGACUAUAGAAAUAAGCAAACGAUUAUA